CUCGAAUUUCGAAACGGGAAAUUUUACGCAAGUCAAAUCAGAUUUUUGCUAAACUCGUGCGCAUGUUUACGUCACUUGGGGUCCUAUGCGAUAUUUUUGCAAAAACAAAACAAGAAUUCAUGUGUAAAAUUGAGUAAUUGAUUACACAGUGUGUCUGAGUGUGGCUUGGAUUGCGGUGAAAGUUUUCAAUUCUGUGUUCUCAACGUAACUUGGAUACUAGUUUGUGGUGUCAAUACUGGAUAUUGGAAACUGCACUACGUCAGAUGAGAUGACCGGGCGAGGUUAGCAGUGCCUUGCGUCAAAUAUGGGAAGCCAGAAGAUUUGCGACGUAAAACCCGACGCAGCGAUGGCGGAACAUAAGAAAUCCAUAAAGGAACUGCUCAAAAAACCCUUCCAAGCUCUCUUCCUGAAAGACAAGAAAGAAAAAGAGAAGAAGAAAAAUGUGGUAGAAAAGGCCCCAGUUAAGAUACAUGUCGACGAGAUUUUGGACAACUUUAAGAAGUUGGAAAUCGAUAAGAAAGAUGAGGAUUCGAACGACGAAGAGGACGAGCUCAAAAAUUUCGAAUACAAAAUUAUAAAAGACGAAAGAAGUAGUGCGAGAAUAGACUCUCAUUCCUCUGAGGACAGCGGUUUCGCUGACAAAUGUAGUGACUCGGAGGAGGAGGAGGACAAAAAAGAUGAUACACCAGAAACAGAACAGAAGAAAACUAAAAAGAAACAAACAGUAGUCUUGCACAGGGGCCCCGUUAAGCAUCGCGUCGCGGACUUCACACCACAAGUUCACCCUUAUGUACAUGAACAGAUAAGCCAAAUAAACAGACAGACCUUCUCGGGCGGCCAAGUUAUAGUCAACCAGAGCAUUCAACCACCAAUAGACGAGGUACUCAAAGGGGUAGACAUUAACGUGAGGAUGUUCGAACAGAAAUCCAACCAGGAGAAAGCAGAAGACUGGGACAUCGCCCAGGAGUUCCUCAACAUUCAGAGCUACCAGGAGGAACCCAGAAGCGACCCAAUACCCUUCGACAUAAAUCACUUCAUCAACGACACAAAAUAUAUCCCGAAACCGGAGUACCACGAUGGAAAGAACUCUGUGUUCCUCACUCCACCGAGGUCAGAGAACUCCCUAAGCCCGAUUUCGGACACCCACAAUACGUACUAUCCCACCACAGACUACACCAUGUCUCCAGACAUGAGCAUAGAAUACGAGAAGUACCAGGAGAUCACGCCACUCGAGGAGUUUCCUAGCUGCGUCACGGACUUCGAGAAGGUGGCGGAAACGAAGCCGGAACGCGCGUCCAUGACGAUGAAACAGUUCAAGGAUAUGCAGAAGGAGAUAGCGAGUGGGUUCGCCAAGAUGGAGUGCUGUCAGGAGAACAGGAAACCCUGCAACGAUGUCCUUAAAGAGCACAUACGUAAAUUGAAGAUCGAUGAGAGGAAGGACCUCUGCUUGAAGGUUGCGCAGAUGGAGAUGGAGCAUGUUCAUGGAGUGCUGCAGUACAUCCUGGGCCAGCUGUCGUCGGGGUCGGCGGGGACGGCGGACGAAGACGUCCAGCUCGCCCUCCUCACGCUCAUCUGUGAGAAGGUGCUCGCGCUGGACCCCACAUUCUUCGUCAACGAACAAGGUUUUAGCCUGCUCAAGACGGCGGUGUUCCGGUGUCACGGGCGGCCGCUGCUGACUCGGUACCUGGUGCAGUGCAUCCGCGUCGUCACCCGCGCUGACGGUUACAAGAGCACCAAGGGGCAGGUCUUCCAUGAGGUGGACGCGCGCGGCGACAACGUGUUGAGCGCGUGCGCGCGCGCGGGGGACACGCACGCCGGCGUGCUGGCGGAGCUGGUGCGCGCGCGCCCCGCCGACACGCCGCUCUUCGACGUGCACCACGUCAACGCUGACGGCUACACGGCGCUGCACAUAGCGUGCAUGGAGCACAGCGAGGCGGCGCCGCAUCUCCACACCGUGCACGUGCUCCUGCAGCACGCGAACGCCGACCUGUGGAAGGGGGAUAUAAAGGGCGGCGACACGGCCGUCCAUGUGGCGGUGAACGCGGCGGGGUGCUCGCUGCCGCUGCUGCUGCUGCUGUUCAGGCCGCUGCCCCGACCGGAGUGGAAGCGCCUGGCGCACGCGCACAACCGCAGUUCGGUGUCGCCGCUCGAGUACGCGCGCUCCGCGAUGAAGUCCGCUUCGCGCCAAAACUACCCCGCCGAGGUCCUCGACUUUCUGAAGAAAUGCCGCUGAAUAUGACAGACUGGUGGCAUAAUGUAUGAUCACACAAACCUUGACAAUGCAAAAUAUUAUAUGUAUACGUAAUAGUGUUAAGUUAUUAUUAACACAACAUUUAUAUCUAGUUUUUUACAGUCACCGACAACACCGUCAUAACAAUUUUAACAUUUACUGGACUAGAUGUGUCUCGAUUUUGCGCGCAAUUUUUAUGCGUCGCUCAUUUUUUAAUGCAUGUUUGUUAAAUAUUUUGGCUAAUUAUCAUGCCAGCUCUUUUAUUUGAAGAAAGAGAUAACAUGACAUUUAAUCAACCAUCAAAUCGAAACUUCACAUCACAUUUUCGCAUAAUAUUCGAUCUCUUUGAAAUAGUUUUAAGAACGCGUCAAACGUAUUACAAUAAUAUUAGUGAAACUCGAAAGUUUUAUGUAAAAUGUAAGGUAAGGCCUUACUUGCACCAGUCUUUGUUAGAACUAAAGGUGAGACUGCACUACGCGACACGACGCGGCGCGACACUUCACUUUCAUAGGACUGACGUUUGUAAAAAGUCCGAUUCACGUUUGUAAAACAUCAGCUCUAUGGAAGUAAAGUGUCAGCUGUGUCACACUCAUAAAGUUAAUAUACCUAGCGGAAUAGAGAAACAAAGGCCUGG